CACCUUCUUUUUUCUUUCUUCGCUCAUGGCGGAUGUUUUGGACGACGGUGAGUUUAGGCUUCCGCCUCGGUUUUUAGCUGACGAUGACUUGUUUCUGGAGAAGGUUGAAGUUAACGACAGUCCUCCCAAGGACUUGUUUCCCCUCGGGUUGCCGUCGGAUCUUAGUUCUCCAGUUGAGUUCGUGGUGGGUUCUACCGAGACAGACAGUGACGAAGAGGAUUACCUCGUUGGGUUAACUCGUCAAAUGGCUCGCUAUACUCUUGAAGAUGAUUUUGGCGGUAACCACCCGGCGUUUGCCUCUAAAAACUCCAAGGAUUGGGUAUUUUGCAGUUCUCCCGAAUCGAGCCUAUUUGCGUUUAGGUCCAGCCAUGGAAGCUCAAGCUGUCAAUCUCGAGUUUCAUCACCGUCGGGAACAUGGGCUCUGUUUUGUUCGGCGGCAGAGGAAGCUGCGAUGGUACGGAUGAAUGAAGAACCAUACGGCGGGUUCAAUAACAAGGGCCUCCUAGGUCCACCAGCCAAAAAACCCUCGCCAAACCGUCACAAAUCUCUUUCAUUGCGGGCCACUCAAUUUCAGCAAGUGCAGCAAAACCAGCUAAUGAAACAAAAUAACCCAGGAGUUUGGGGAGGAAAGAAGCAGCGCCAUCAGCAGCAUUUGGUCCAUCAAAACAAUACUAAUAGGCCUCCGGGUUUGUUCCCUUCUGCAUGGCCCCCUCUGCAGCAGCAACAACCCCAGCCUCCAAAGGAGUCGGGUAUGCGAGCUGUUUUCUUGGACAGCUCGACUGGCAAAAGGGAAUGUGCUGGAACUGGUGUUUUCUUGCCUCGCCGUAAUGGUACGGCUGAACCCCGCAAGAAGCAAGUUUGUCCUACUGUUUUGCUUCCAGCUCGAGUGGUUGACGCUUUGAACUUGAAUCUCGAUGAGAUUAACGCUCAACCCCACCUUCGCUCUCGGUUUAAAGCGAGCGUCACUACUGAUAGUGGUGCUGGUUCGAGGCUUAGAAGUGGUGGGAAUAAGUUCAGAGAACAAGAAGGAAUCAGCCAUGAGAUUCGGUUACCUCAAGAAUGGACAUAUUGAUAGUUUAGAACUUUUAAAAAAGUGCAUGUGGGUAGUUUAGUGGGGGGAAAAUAGUAGUUUAGAGGGUAUUUAUAGGUUUAAGA